AUGACUUCUGAUGAAGAACUAAUGGAGAUGAAAAAACUUACAGUUGAUCAGUUGAGAGCAAUGGUUAAGAAAUAUUGGGUGAUGGCAGAAACUAGCUGUCCUCAGUUUGUGAUUGCGCGUUCUGCAACGUGUACUGCUUCAGGUGUGAUCUGUUUGCUGAUUGCUCUCGCUUUGGCAGAAGCUCUGCUUCGUAUGCUAAUAGUGUAUAGAACAUUUAGGCAAACGGCUUCUUACUAUGACUCGUCAACCAAAUGGAUUCUGCUCAUUCAUUCUAUUGGAGUGACUCUGGGUAUUAUUGCCCCAGCAUUGAGAUGGUAUACUGCCAUAAAUUUCAGAUGCUCAGAAGAAGAGAAACGAAUCUCCUUCAAAGAUGAACUCAAAAUCGAGACAUAUUGGACACAGAUGCUCUUUGAGUGGAAAGAAAGCCCCUUACCUUGGCACAUUCGUGAUCCUAAGUGGAGAAAACUUCUUCACCAUACAAAAAAGUCAAUAUUGAGUUUCUUUGUUAGAAUUCAGAUACUGGUUGUUCUAGGCUGCAAACUUGUUCGACUUAUCUCCGUGCUCUUCAUGAGUCCAAUCAUCUCGUGCUUCCACAAUGUCGAAAAGUUGAAGAAUGUGUCCUGCUCUAGUGCAUCACGUGUCCAUCAGGAUUCAGAAUUAGGAUUGAAUACAGAGCCGGAACUUAGCCGUUACGUUCUGCUACUAGAAGGUGAGGUACAGUUGCCUCACAAGACCCUGCAAAACAUCUGCAAUCAGGUGGAUAAAGUGAUCCAAAUAGGUAAAAGGCAGCAACCUAAAAAACUCAUAGAGCUUCUUAAAUUAUUUGGCGAUUUUCAUGGGGUGAGAGAAUUUGACAGCAACAAAGUUCCAAGUCUGCAUAUUCACGAACCUCCUAAUUGCUGGUCUCUGCCUCUGGUGACGCUAACAAGUAUUGCCAUUGCACUUCCCAACGUCUCGACUCACAACGCUAGCUGGUUACUAAGCAGCGUGAAUGAAGGUCUGUUCUUCAUAAAAUUUAUCGAGAAGUGCCUUGACUGCAGUCGUGAUUUAGCAAACAUCAGAAAUGCAGCCAACGUUGUCUGGGUGGGAGCCGAACUUUAUAGCAAAUGGCAAGAAAAUGAUCUCAAAGAAAUGUCCCUCAAAGGAAAAAAGUCGAAGGAAACACUACAAGAGCUCUCUAAUAAAGCCGAGAAGAUUGUUUUGGAGUUCAAGAGAGAUACGAAAGAUUUUCUUAUGGAGGAUCCUCUUAAUUGGCCAGUUAAGGUUAUAGCAGCCAACUCGAUGUACAGGAUCUGUCAAACUAUUUUGCUCGACUUUGAAGAUGAUCCUCCCUUGACAGAUGAGGGACUGUUCAAACGAUUGACGGUCAUGAUCGCAGAUAUACUCGCAGCUUGUCUUACCAACUUACCACGUGUUAUAAUGAUCAAGUGUCACCGGAAUGCCAUAAACCACGGGGCGAAAACAGUCCGGCAAGCAGCUCUCCUGCUGGGUGAAAGUCAAGAAAUUCUUCAAAUUCUUCAGCAGCAUAGAACACCAAGCCUUCAUCCUGAUCAAGCAGCCUAUAUUGAAAAGUGGCGUACCUUUAGAGAGCAAGAAAAUUUGUUUCGUUGA